CCCGGCAGUUGAUUGGCGCGCGGGGAGGACGCGGUCAACUCCGGUCCCCGACUUCGCUGCGGAGAACUUUCCACCAGCUCGGCUCUUCGUCACUUUUCGCUCCAGAAAGUCGUCCACGCUCAGAACUCCGACCAUUUUCCUGCUCAAUAUUCCUUAUUUAAGCCUUUGGACGUAGUGCGGUGUCUCCUUUCCCCAGACAGACAACCGUGCGUGAUCUGGGCAGACGACAAUGCUUCUCUCACAAGCCCGGGGCCGCCUGCCCUCUGCUCUGCGGAGCUUGGCCAACCAGCAAUCCAUCCGCCCAAUCUCAACCACUCUCCCCAGGCAAAAGGCCUCCCCUACCGACGAGCCCGUUCUCAACAAGGUCUCCCGCCAUGUCACACAGCCCAAAUCCCAGGGUGCCUCCCAGGCCAUGCUGUACGCCACGGGUUUGUCAGAGGCGGACAUGAACAAGGCUCAAGUUGGUAUCUCGUCCGUCUGGUACAACGGCAACCCUUGCAACAUGCAUCUUCUAGACUUGAACAACCGUGUCCGCGAGGGAGUGCAGAAGGCUGGAUUGAUUGGCUUCCAGUUCAACACCGUUGGUGUCAGUGAUGGAAUCAGUAUGGGUACCAGCGGCAUGCGUUACUCGCUGCAGAGUCGUGAUCUGAUCGCCGACUCCAUUGAGACCGUCAUGGGUGGUCAGUGGUAUGACGCCAACAUCAGUAUCCCCGGUUGUGACAAGAAUAUGCCCGGUGUCCUGAUGGCCAUGGGUCGCGUGAACCGCCCCAGUAUUAUGGUCUACGGAGGCUCAAUUAAGCCCGGCUGCGCGUCAAUGCAAAACAACGCCGAUAUCGACAUUGUCUCUGCCUUCCAGGCUUACGGUCAGUACAUCACAGGCCAGAUCAACGAACCCCAGCGUUUCGAUAUCAUCCGUCACGCCUGCCCCGGAGGCGGCGCUUGCGGUGGUAUGUAUACAGCCAACACCAUGGCCACAGCCAUUGAAGUUAUGGGCAUGACCCUCACCGGAUCCUCGUCCAACCCCGCCGAGUCCCAAGCCAAGUACGACGAAUGUGUGCGCGCAGGAGAGGCCAUCAAGAGGCUGCUUGUUGAAGACAUUCGCCCCUCUGACAUUUUGACCCGUCAGGCCUUUGAGAAUGCCAUGAUUGUUGUCAACAUCACCGGCGGCUCUACCAAUGCCGUCCUUCACCUCAUCGCUAUUGCCGACUCCGUCGGUAUCAAGCUCACCAUCGACGACUUCCAGGCCGUAUCCGACCGCACUCCCUACCUCGCGGACCUGAAGCCUUCCGGAAAGUAUGUCAUGGCCGAUCUUCACAACAUUGGCGGUACCCCCGCCCUCCUCAAGUUCCUCCUUAGGGAAGGCGUCAUUGACGGCUCCGGUAUCACUGUCACUGGUGAAACCCUCGCCAAGAACCUCGAGAACGUUCCCGACUUCCCCGAAGAUCAGAAGAUUAUCCGCCCUCUCUCCAACCCCAUCAAGGAAACCGGUCACAUCCAGAUCCUCCGCGGCUCCCUCGCUCCAGGCGGCUGUGUUGGUAAGAUCACCGGUAAGGAGGGUACAGUCUUCACGGGCAAGGCCCGCGUCUUCGACCACGAAGACGACUUCAUUGCCGCUCUCGAGCGCAAGGAGAUUAGCAAGGAUGAGAAGACCGUCGUCGUCAUCCGCUACACCGGUCCUAAGGGUGGCCCUGGUAUGCCUGAAAUGCUCAAGCCUUCCUCCGCCCUUAUGGGCGCUGGCCUCGGCAACUCCUGUGCUCUCAUCACAGACGGCCGCUUCUCCGGCGGUUCCCACGGUUUCCUGAUCGGUCACAUCGUCCCCGAAGCCGCCGUCGGUGGCCCCAUCGGACUCGUCCACGACGGUGACGAGAUCACCAUCGAUGCCGACAACCGCGUGCUCGACCUGCACGUCGAGGAGACGGAGCUUGCCACUCGCCGCAAGCAGUGGGAGGCGGACAAUGCUGCGGGUAAGCUGCCGCAGACUGGUCUGAACCUGCGCGGAACGCUGGGCAAGUACGCGCGUAAUGUGAAGGAUGCCAGCUCCGGCUGUAUCACCGAUGCGUUGGAUUAGAUGGUUGUCUUGGGAAAUGUGUGGAUUGUAUACGUAUACCUGAAUGAGCUGUAUCUUUUUUUGUAAUAGCUGGCUAGCUUUGGUUUGAUAAGAUUUAGAGAUCGAAAAGCGCUUCUAUUCUUCCACACCUCAUCUCCUCACUUGUAUACUUAUAUAUUGCUUGCGUACUUGUUUACCAGCAGGAGAUUACGACGAAGUGACCACGAAGUGACUUCAUAUGGGGGAGUGAGUGAACCUAUCAUGUGUUCCUAACUAAUUAUUAUAAUAUCCCACAAAUUUGUCAAAUUACAACCUAAUCAUCUCAAUCUGCCUUGAACAAAUCUACCACACGCGCUCCGUCCUCUUCCACGUCUUCACAAACUCCUGCUUCUCUCGAACCCCCAGCCCAACCCUCUUCACGCGCCCCAACCUCGCAAGCGAAUCCCCCACCGUGUCCAACACAACCUUCUCAGCCGGACUAAGGUCAACCUCUACCUUCCCCGACGCAGAUGCCACAUCACCCCCUUUAGACGCACUCACCUCUUCCAAGAUAUCAAAGUAGUUCGUCUCGUAUGUCGAGUUCUUGAUCCGCGGGCUUACGCUCAACCCCUGCGGGCCCGAAACAACCGCCUCGGCGAUGCGCACGCGAAUAUAAUGCGUCGGUCUGCUGAGGAGUGCCCAGAGGAAGCUGAGAUACGAACCCGGAAGCGGUGUGACGACGUCCUCGGGCGAGUAGCGCAGGGAGACGGGGAAGAUUUUCCCAUUCGGUGCGACGCUUGCCAGGGAUGGGGAGAGCGGGAGGAUUCCGCGGCCGUUAGUGGUGGUGCAUUCGGCGAAGACGACGAUUGGGCGGGUCGAGUAUUUGCGCGCGAGCGCGGACAGGGUUGUUGUCUUUGUACCGCUUGGUGGGGAGAGUUUAGGAGAGGAGAAGGCGCGCAGGAUUGCGGUUAGGAGAGAGAUGUGUUCUACCUCGCGGGUGUUGGGGUAUGAAGCUGUGAAGAUGGGGUCGAAGAUUACGGCGAGGUAAAGGGCGUCGAUGGGGGAAGUGAAGGAGGCGGCGAUUACGGAGCCCGGACCGGGGAGGCGAGAUUGUUGUUUGGAGAGGUAGCUGCUAUUCUAUUAGUAGGUACUUCUGUCCAAGCCAGGUCAUUCUAGAGAUCUGAGGUACUCACCCCUUUCGCACACCGUCCACCUGGAGAUCGACCCACCAGAUACUCGGGAUGCCGAGUAUACACCACAGCGCUGCCUUCUUACCCAACGAUCCAAUAGGAAGCCAUUGUAGUACCAGGAAAUAGCUCACGCAGGUGAAGAUGAAGAACGGGAGUCGGAAGAAGAAUAAAGACAGCCGUAUCGGUAGCGGAAAGCAGCCAGACACGGGUUGCGGUGGGAGAGGGAGGAAAGGAGCGAUGCCGGAGCCUGUAGAACGACUGUUAGCUCAAGAAGAAUUUUGUACAGUGCUCAAUGGGUUUGCGAACCUCGAUCGCGAAACUGAGAGAAUUUCUCCAUGGAUAUAGAACGGUGCUUGAAUAUGUGAAUGGAUUGAGAGUGAGGGGCUGAACUUUGUGUAGCUUUGCUAUGUGGCCAUCGCAGUGUGGAGACGGGGGAUGAUGGGUGUAUAGGUAGCUCGGUGAGAUCAGGUGGAAGACAAAGCGCGGUGGAAUGUUUUCAGUCCUGAAACAGAAACAGGAGUUCACGUCUCUGGAAGUUGCGAGUGUGGAGUGUGCGAAGUGGUCAGCUCUGGUCAUUUUG